CUUUAACUUGUGGUUCCCACAUCCCUGAUUUAAUUUCAUCCACGUGUCCAUAUCACAACCGCCCAUUCGGUCCACUUAACAAUCAACUCCCAACCAACGGUCAGAUCUCUCAUAUCAAUUGCGUUAGUUCAUCCGAAUGAUCUAAGCCGUUCAUAUUGAUAUCCACUUCCUUACGUUUAGCGCAAGCAACGAGACGUUGAUAUUUCCGCCCGCCUCUUCCUCGCCGUCGCGCCUCUCCUCCUCCUCCUCUUCCUCCUCCUCCGUCUCCAUCUCGAGAGAACCAGAGGGAACGAGAGAGCUAGAGAGCCUUUGAUUCUUGCCAACAUGAAGUGCUUCUAUCUCGAGUUGCUCAGGAUUACCCAGCUCACUGACUUCAUCAUCAUCAGCAGCAUGAAUUUCUUUGGGCUAUACAAGGAGAAAUUUGUAUAUUACUAAUAGAACUUGUAUAUACUAUUAGAUAAAUAGGCUUCGUGGAGACCGGUUUGUUGAAAAGAAUUAGUUACUGGUUGAAGUUUACCUUUUUUAGCAAAAAUGGAACUGAAGAACGUAAAGGUGUUGGGUAAUGGAAAGAAGGCUAUCACUGAUGUUAAUCAUGCAACAAUUUUUGCUGAUUGCUUCACUGAUGGCGAUGGCGGCCCUGUGUUGGGACAUCAACAACGGAUUCUAGAUCAAUCGCCUGAAAAUUGUUAUAGAAAUGCAGCAACUGAGGAUGGGAAGGCUGGUUUCUACUGCUGUUCACAGAAACAUAUGCUUCAGAACUACCAGAAUUUUAUGAAAAGUGGCUUGCCACAGCGUGUUCUGUUUUACCAAGACGAUGAGUGGAAAGAUUUUCCGAGCAGCAUCAAUAGUUUAGUUCGUGAAGAUUUCAAAAGAAAGAAGGCAGUUACUGAAGUAAUUCAUGAGAGCCAGCGUUUGUUGCUAAACUUUUUCAGUAUGGUUUUAAUAAACUUGGGAACAGGUUUUCAGAAGCCAGUUGCUUGGAUCGAUGAACAUGGUAAAUGCUUCUUUCCGGAAUUGUAUUCUGAAUUCUGUGCACCAAAUGGAUGUUUUCACUCUGAUAAAGGCCAUGAUGUUCAUAUGAGUUGUAGACAGAACGGGACACGCGAACCUGAGACGAAGAAUGUCUUUGUGAGUGCAGCUGAAAGCUCAAACUCUGAAGUACCUGAUUAUGCAAUUAUCUCCAAUGGAAAUCAUACCAAAGAGAUAUCUACUGGUUUCCAAGAAAGAGCUGAAAUUUAUGAAACAACAGGUGAAAAUGAAUUAUGUCCUCUCCUAGCCACUGGACCUAUCCAGGAGAAGUCAGCUAAGCCUGCUACUGUUCCAGAUGUGUAUAGUGCUGUACAGAAUAUUUUGUUGUUGGGCUUGGGCCAAUAUAUUGCUCCAAAGGACAUCGUAGGAAUAUUCAGAACCCCGUUAUUAGAUAAUAUAGGCCAAGUUCGCUUUAAAUGUUUCCAGGAGCAUGUUGAUCUUACAAAAAGUCGUCGUGGCAAUGCAAAUGUUAGAUACGCUUGGCUUGCUUCUUCCAAGGAUGUUGUUGAGGAUGUAAUGUUGAAGGGUGUCAUGCAAAUAAAGAUGCCUGCAUGCGGACCUAUGUAUGGUCUUGGUGUUCAUCUUGCUCCAGCUAAUUGCUCUGAUAUCUGUGCUAGUUAUUCUGGGGUUGACGAAAAUGGUAUAGUUUAUAUGGUGUUAUGCCGGGUUAUAAUGGGAAAUGUGGAACUUGUUCAACUUGGAUCUAAACAGUCCCAGCCCAGUAGUGGAAGUUUUGAUAGUGGUGUUGAUGAUCUCCAAAAACCAAAGCAUUAUAUAAUAUGGAAUACGCAUACAGAUACACACAUCUAUCCAGAAUUUGUCGUGACUUUUAAAUUGCCUUCUAAAGCCAAAGAAUCUUUGGUUGGCAAAGAAAGCAUGUCUAAUAUAUCCGGAGUCACAAAUUCUAGUUCUCAUAGCGCAUCACUGGAUGGAAUCUGUUGCCAAUCACUUUCAGCUCAAACAAGGGCAUUUCAGGGAAAAGUUCAGGCUUCUGAAAAGGCCACCAAAACUCCCACAUCUCCUUGGAUGCCUUUCUCAAUGCUUUUUGCCGCAAUUUCUACUAAAGUACCUUCUCAAGAUAUGGACUUAAUUAGUACUCAGUAUGAACAAUUCAAGAGGCGGAAGAUAACCAGGAUAGACCUUGUUAAAAAGUUGAGGCAGAUUAUUGGAGAUAAGCUUUUGAUAUCCACUAUAACAAGACUUCAACACAAGCUACCACCAAUGGCAAAGAGCGAAACACCAAAACCAUGGUACAAGUCUGAAGCCAAACCUUAGUUUCUAAUGAUAGAUGUAACUGUGUGAGUUGAGCUCCUUGUAAACUUGAGCAAUCAUCAUAGGUAUUGUGAUAUGGGUGCAUUGUGUUUUUUCCUACUCUCAGUAUUGUCACUUAUAAUAUGUAGUUCAACAAGGUGGAUAAACAAUGGAGCUAUUCCAUAAAUAUUAUGUUUAAUGUUGACUGACUUUUAAUUACUUAAUUUUCCGCUCUUCGUCGAUA